AUGUCUGACCGGAUCUUCUAUAUUCAUUCUAACUUGUCCUCUGUGCCCUGGGAGGGCAGCACAGCAGCAGCAGUACCUCCCACUUCUCCUCCUACACCUGGUCACUACCAUGUCCUCUACCGAGGGUGUGGAGAAACCCAGGUGGGCUGGCAUGGAGAGACAUACUGCCUGGUUGGUGGUUACCGGACCUAUGGGGAUGCUCCUGUGGCCACCCCAGCAAAGGCGGAAGCAGAGAAACCAAUUCCCAGCCGGGCUCCCAAAAGACAUCGAGCUUUCGCAGAGUCGGAUAAAGACCUAGGUUGCUCCAGCCCCAAAAUACGGCGAUUGCAGCAUGGUGGCAGGAGGCUGACCCCACAGAAGCUUGCUGGCUGA